AUGUAAUAUCAUCUACCUAAAAUUUCAGCUCUUUCAUACAUUCAUAAAUUUAAUCUUAUUGCUUUAGCAGGAGACACUAUUAAAAUUAUCAAUCUAUAAAAAGAAAAAGAAUAAUAGGAAAUUAAAACACAAAGGUUUCUUAGAAUAUUUUAAUUGAUAUUCAAUGAACAAGAUAACAAUCUAUACUAAUUCAAUGAUAAUAAAACUAUAGUCAUAUAUAAAUAAAAAGGGAGGAAUUUUAUAUUAGAUAAAUAAUUUUCAUUAGAAUAUGAUUUUUAUCCUACUCUAGCUACUAUAAGUCAUGAUAAUUAAACUAUCAUACUUGCAGGAAUGGAUACACAUAAAAUUGUAUUUUACAAUCUAAUCAAUUAAUGUCUUACAAAAAUAGAGCUUCCUAAUACUUUAAUUUAGAAUUAUUGUUUAUUAUAUAAUAAAGAAAAACGUUGUCUAUUAACACAAAAUUGUUUGAUAAAUGUUGGAAAUUAAAAAAUUAUCAAAUAAGUCAUAACUUAAUUUUCAAAACUAAGAGGAUGGAGUCAAACUGGUUACCUCUAUUCAAAAUAAAUUUCUUAGAAAGUACAUAUGAUUUCUUCAUUUAAACAAAAGAUCUUAAGGAUCAUUUCUGAAAUUAGCAUAAAUCCUUCAUAAGUUUUCUCAUAAACAGGAAAAUAUUAUUGUUUUUAAAAUCGUUAGGAAUAAAUUGAACUCUUUGAUAUUUCAACAGGAAUAAGUUAUUUUUCUGAGAUGAAAUUAUUGAAUUGUUAAAAUCUAUAAUUUCAUGAAAAUGACUAAACUAUAACAACUAUACUUAGUGGAAGAUCCGUGUAUAUUUUGAAUGUGAACUAAAUAAUUAAUAAUACUAAAUAAAUUUGA